UUGGAUGCUCGUUGGUUUUAUUGUUAUUAUGAAUGAAGCAAUCAUGGGCGCAAAGAAAUCUACAUAACAAAAUUAGAGACUGAGAAGCUAUUUUUUGGGGGCACAGUGUACAGCUAUACAUUUAGUAAAUUAUUAAUGUCUUUGUUUCCAUUGAUUUUAAACAUGGGAUUCGUAUUAGGAGUUGUGUUAUCCAAACUGUAGCUGGUGCUUACUAACGUCGCUAACGUUAGCUAGCUAGCAAACAGUUGCAUGAAAUCCGCACAUGUUGGGCCGAUACAGCUAACUAGUUUGUCCUCUUUUAAUUUCUUAAAAAAUAAUGAACACUGUACUAUUGCAAUCCAGUAUAGCAAUAUUGUAAUUCUUACUUAGUUUACGAAUACAGCAAACCAACAACUAUAGCCCUGAUGGUUACCUAUUAUGCUUAGCAUGCUGACAGGGCUAGAUUAGCUGGGGUGUAAUCAUUAGUCCAAACAGUUGCAAAACGUGCAACUAAAAUACGUUUCUAUUGGACAAAUUCAGGACAGAUGUCCUCAUGAUGAACUUUGAUGGUCUGGACCCAGGAAUGGGUGAAUACGCACCCGCCCUCCAUGGGAAUCUAGAGCCGAGUAGGGAGCCCUCGAUGGAUCCACGACUCAAUCCGGGUUUGUUGCAAGGUGUGGAGCUUGAUCCAGAUGGUCUUCCCGUGGCCAUACCUGAGUCUGUGCACAUGAUGGAGGGGAUGUUCUCUGAGCUCCACAGUGUGCAUGCAGAGGUGGGCGUUCCUGUCACAGCAACUCACUUUGACCUGCAAGAGGAGCUACUCUGGAUGGGAAACCACAGGGGACAUGCAAUGUCCUUCUUUGGUUCGACCAUGGGCCGCUACUCAUCUUUCCAGGCGCACUCGACUGAUGACAUUCGUCAGAUUCAGAGCAUGGAGACAGGGGUUCUGUUUCUCUCUAAGAGUAAUCUCAAGUGCCAAACUCGUGGAGGCCUUGUAAUGUUCGACUACCCAAUGGAGGAGGGAGCUGACAUGCAUAGUCUGCUUAUGACAGAAAACAAUGCAAUGCUCAUGGGUGGACUACAGAAUUAUGUGCUUGAAUUUGACCUUAAUACUGUGCAGCAGACCCAAAAGUUCACAGUCGAGGCUCCAGGGGUAGCUAUCAUGCGGCAGUCCAAUCGUUUCUUAUUUUGUGGGAACACAUCUGGGAAGGUGUCCCUUUGUGACCUGCGCACCUUCAAGCUAGAACAUGAGUUUGAUGCCUUCUCCGGUAGCCUGUCAGAUUUCGAUGUCCAUGGCAACCUCCUGGCUGCGUGUGGGUUCUCCAGUCGAGGGCUGAACAGACUGGCGUGUGACCGCUUCCUCAUGGUGUUUGACCUGCGCAUGAUGCGCACUGUGACACCACUCCAGGUGCACGUGGACCCCCUCUUCUUGCGCUUCAUCCCUACAUACACGUCACGCCUGGCCAUUAUCUCACAGACAGGAGAGUGUCAGUUCUGUGAGCCCACUGGACUAGCUAACCUGGCUGACGUCUUCCAUGUCAACACCGUGGGCCAGUUGCUCAUGAGCUUUGAUGUGUCCUCCAGCAAGCAGGCUUUGGCCUUUGGGGACUCAGGGGGAGGUGUGCACCUCUGGUCAGACGCCCCAGAAGUCUCCUACAACAGCUACUCACGGGAGACAGAGUUUGCGCUGCCCUGUCUGGUAGACUCCUUGCCUCAGCUAGACUGGAGCCAUGACCUGUUGCCCUUGUCCCUCAUCCCCAUGCCUUUGAACAGCUCAGAGCCGCUGCUGUCAGACUGGGUCACCACACAGGCCACUCCCAGCCCUAGGCGAGCACCCCCAGUGGACCCAGAGAUCCUGCGCACUAUGAACUCUGUAGGGUUCAUUGGUUACGCCCCCAAUCCUCGCACACGUCCCCGGAACCAGGUUCCUUACAAGAUCAAGGAGGUUGAGCUGGACUAUGAUAACUACAAUCAGGGUGUUCCUGAGUCUCUUAUUGGUCGAGAUGAAGAACCACACCUGUACAUGGUGCCCAAGAAAUAUAGGAAGGUCACCAUCAAAUACUCCAAACUUGGCCUGGAGGACUUUGACUUCAAACAUUACAACAGGACCCUGUUUGCUGGUCUUGAACCUCACAUUCCCAAUGCUUACUGCAACUGCAUGAUCCAGGUGUUGUAUUUCCUGGAGCCAAUCCGCUGCCUGGUCCAGAACCACCUGUGUCAGAAGGAGUUCUGUCUGGCGUGUGAGCUGGGCUUCCUCUUCCACAUGCUGGACCUGUCACGAGGAGACCCCUGUCAGGCCAGUAAUUUCCUCCGAGCUUUCCGAACAAUCCCAGAGGCGUCUGCCCUGGGCCUUAUCCUGGCUGACUCUGAUGAGCAGACGGGGAAGGCCAGGCUGGGUCGUCUCAUCCAGAGUUGGAACCGAUUCAUUCUAACCCAGCUCCACCAGGAGACCCAGGAGCAGGAGGGGCCACAGGCCUACCGAGGAGCCAGCAGCAGUGCUCUGGGCUCCUCAGGCGAGUCUGUAAUCGGAAGGCAGUUUGGGUGUGAGGUUGAGAACAGCAGCCUGUGUCGCUGUGGAAAGGAGACAGUACGCUCCUCUCUCACCUUGCUCUUCACCAUGCACUACCCUGAGCAGAACUCACUUGAUAAGACGAUAAAGGAGUACGACUUUGCUGAGAUCCUGAAGAAGAGUAUAUGUCUGGAGCAGAGUACACAGGCAUGGUGUGAGAACUGUGAAAAGUACCAGCCCACAGUGCAGACACGGAACAUCCGCUGCCUUCCUGAUGUACUGGUCAUUAACUGUGAGGUGAACAGUGUCAAAGAAGCUGAGUUCUGGAAGGCUCAGGCAGAGUACGCUUUCAUCAAGGCCAAGAAGAAAGAGGAAAUGGAACCCCAUAAGCCCAAAGAACCUCCACCACCACAACCAACAGAGUGGUGCUUAGAGGAGGGGCUGGUCAAUACGGAGGGCCUGACCUUUGACACCAGAGUGGAGGACCUGCGUCACAUCUGGAUCCCUCUCACUCUGAAGAUGUCCAUCAGCAAAAGCCAGGGCCUGGAGAUAAGCAGUUGGCCAGAGGAAGAAGAGCUGAGCUCCACAGAGGAGGCUGAAGGAGCGUCUCUCUAUGACUUGGUGGUUACUGUGCCUCAUGUACUGGACGCUCGAACUGGGGGAAAUCUGGUAGCACACAUCAAAGUGGGAGAGACCUAUCACGUCAGAAAAGAGGGGGUAACACACCAGCAGUGGUAUCUAUUCAAUGAUUUCCUGAUUGAGCCAAUUGACAAGGCGGAAGCAGCACAGUUUGAUGUGAACUGGAAGGUGCCUGCCAUCUUGUAUUACGCCAAGAGAAACUACCACUCCAAAUACGACCUACGCAUUAAAAACCCCAUCGAGGCCAGUGUGCUGCUGACAGAGGCAUCACUGGCGAGGAAGCAGAGGAAGAGCCACGCCACGUUCAUCCCCCUCAUGGUCAGUGAGAUGCCCCAGGCCGGAGACCUCGUGGGGCUGGACGCUGAGUUUGUCACCCUCAACCAGGAGGAGGCAGAGCUACGCAGCGAUGGCACCAAGUCUACCAUUAAGCCCAGUCAGAUGUCUGUGGCACGGAUCACCUGUGUGCGCGGUCAGGGUCCCAACGAUGGAGUACCAUUCAUCGAUGACUACAUCUCUACUCAGGAGCAGGUGGUGGACUAUCUGACCCAGUACUCAGGCAUCAAACCAGGGGACCUAGAUGCUAAGAUUUCCUCCAAGCACUUGACCACUCUGAAGUCAACUUACCUGAAGCUGCGCUUCCUCAUUGACACCGGAGUACGCUUUGUCGGCCAUGGUUUACAAAAGGACUUCCGGGUUAUAAAUUUGCUGGUGCUGAAGGAUCAGGUUGUUGACACAGUCUACCUGUUCCACAUGCCUCGUAAGAGGAUGAUCUCUCUGCGCUUUCUCGCCUGGUACUUCCUGGACCUUAACAUCCAGGGUGAGACCCAUGACAGUAUCGAGGAUGCACGCACCGCGCUUUCUCUCUACAAUAAGUACCUGGAACUGAGUCGUGGAGGAGGAAACAACGAAGUCCGCAAAGUUCUGAAGGGACUCUACGAGAAAGGCCGCAAGAUGGACUGGAAAGUCCCGGACUGUGACACAGGAGAUGGUUAAGGUACAGCUGUCUUCCCUCAAUGAUGGGACUGUGAAGAGUGCCUGAAGACAAACUGAUUCACUCUCUAUUUCAAUCAGCCUUUUCUUUUGUAUUGUUACAACUAGGGCUGGCACAAUUACCAUACAACAGUUUAACCAACAGUUAUGGAUGAAGACCGUCAUGAAAAUAAAAUAACCAUCGUAACUGUAUUUUUUUAUUUUUUGCUAUUUGAAAGGUCAUAAUGAUGACCGCGGUAAUUUGGCUGACCAAUAACCGUCAUCAAAAAUUCCAUGACGUCGCAGCCCUAGUAUCAAUCAGUUCAAUAAGACCCCCAUACAUGAAACUGGACAAGUCAUCGACAAGAGCAGAAUCCUGACAGAGGUUGUGUCAGUGUCCCAACUUUCCACAUAAUCUUGCUUGCCUGUACAGCAUUUGAAUAAGGAAUGAACAGUUUUGAUCUUCAAAGCAUAAACCAAAACUAUUUCUGAUUUCAUUUUUCCUUUUCUAUUUUUCAUCAGAUUUGUAAAGAAUGUUUGACUGUCACUGUGCUGUACAUUAUGCUGCUUACAUGGGCAAAGAAUAGUAUUUUGAAAAUGUGCUGAAGUUUUUGUAGUGAUGUUUCUAGAGGCCUGUAAUUAAAACAGAAUAUAAACUCAGCAAAAAAAAGAAAUGUCCCUUUUUCAGGACCCUGUCUUCCAAAUAACUUCACAGAUCUUCAUUGUAAAGGGUUUAAACACUGUAUCCCAUGCUUGUUCAAUGAACCAUAAACAAUUAAUGAACAUGCACAUGUGGAACAGUCUUUACAGCUUACAGACGGUAGGCAAUUAAUGGUCACAGUUAUGAAAACUUAGGACACUAAAGAUGCCUUUCUACUGAUACCAAAAGAAAGAUGCCCAGGGUCCCUGCUCAUCUGUGUGAAUGUGCCUUAUGCAUGAAGCAAGGAGGCAUGACGACUGCAGAUGUGGCCAGGGCAAUGAAUUGCAAUGUCCGUACUGUGAGACGCCUAAGACAGCACUACAGGGCGUACAGCUGAUCGUCCUCGCAGUGGCAGACCACGUGUAACAACACCUGUACAGGAUUGGUACAUCCGAACAUCACACCUGUGGGACAGGUAGAGGAUGGCAACAACAACCCCGAGUUACACCAGGAACGCACAAUCCCUCCAUCAGUGCUCAGACUGUCCACAAUAGGCUGAGAGAGGCUGGACUGAGGGCUUGUAGGCCUGUUGUAAGGCAGGCCUCACCAGACAUCACCGGCAACAACAUCGCCUAUGGCCACAAACCGACCGUCGCUGGACCAGACAGGACUGGCAAAAAGUGCUCUUCACUGAUGAGUUGCGGUUUUGUCUCACACGGGGUGAUGGUCGGAGUCGUGUUUAUCAUCGAAGGAAUGAGCGAGGCCUGUACUCUGGAGCAGGAACGAU